AUGGGCCGUUUCUUCUCGAUCGUAUGCGCCCUCGUUCUUCUUACUUCCGCGACAGGCUGGCCGUUCCAGCGUCGCGACAUCCUGGACAACUCGGUGGACAGUCCCGAUAGUGUGAUCGCCCAUUUGCAACACUUUGGAGAGAUUCUGUAUCGGUUCCCGGACAACGCGACAGGAGCAGCCGUGGCGAACUGGCACGAGGGCUGGGACACCAAUCCGGAAGAGUUGGGCAGCUACGCGGAGGGUGACAUCCUGUUUCCGGCUCAUCUGGAGAAGAAUGGCCUAAAGGCGGAAUCAGCUCGAUGGCCGCGUGGCGUCGUUCCUUAUAUGAUCAGCCCAUACUUCAAUGAGAAACAGCGAAAAUUGAUUUUUGAGGCCAUAGACGAUUAUCACAGAUAUACGUGCAUUAAGUUCAAACCCUAUACCGGUGAGGAGAACGAUUAUAUCAGGAUCACAGCCGGGGAAACUGGUUGCUGGAGCAGCGUGGGAAGAGUUGGCGGAAGGCAGGACGUGAAUUUACAGGUUCCUGGCUGUGUCGUGAAAAAGGGCACGGUGAUACACGAAUUGAUGCACGUUAUAGGGUUCUUGCACGAGCAAAGCAGAUACGAACGGGACGAGUUCGUUCGGAUUCAAUGGAAUAACAUUUUGAACGGGCAUGCUGGCAAUUUCGAGAAAGCCUCGAGAGAGACCACCGAUGCGUUCGGUGUCGGAUACGAUUACGGGAGCGUAAUGCAUUAUUCCGCGGGUGCGUUUUCCAGGAAUGGUCAACCUACUAUAAUCCCAAAGGAACAGAAACUCGCUGGCUUCCUAUGUUUUAUGAGCGAUAUAUUUCAGGGUUCGUCUACGGUACAGCUGGGUCAGAGAGAGGGAUUCAGCAAGAGAGACAUUCAGAAAAUUCGAAAGAUGUAUAGAUGUAGCAAACGCAGGCGAAGCAAUCCCUAUUAA